GGCGAGAAUGAAGCAUGGGGGACGGGAGUCCUCUGGCUUGGUUGCUAGGAUACGGUGGCAGACGCAUGGAGGAAAGCCGAGGGAAGUUUAAAGGAAAGAAGUAAAAUGGCAACUAAUCACAAGCCUCCUACAUCUCGUCCCUCUACAGGAAUGGGGCUGGGAGCCAGACCUCCGUCAUCCUCAUUACGACCUCCAUCUGCAGCUUUGUUGGGUAGUGGGAUCCCUCCAGGCACAACAAGACCUGGUACACGUGGUGUACCCAUAGGUACUGGAGUGGUGUUCUCCUCACAGAUUAAAGUUGCAGACCGUCCAGUGACUCAGCAAGGGCUGAGUGGAAUGAAAACAGGAAUGAAAGGUCCGCAGAGACAAGUUAUGGAUAGAUCAUAUUAUCUUGGAGUGCUUAGAAGCAAAAUAAAUGAACUCACCACUGAAAUUAACAAGCUUCAGAAAGAAAUUGACAUGUAUAACCAGGAGAACUCUGUCUACCUAUCUUAUGAAAAACAGGCAGAGUCUUUAGCUAGUGAGAUCAAAGAAUUUCAAGGACAGCUGGCAGACUACAAUAUGUUGGUGGAUAAGCUCAACACCAAUACUGACAUGGAGGAGGUGAUGAAUGACUACAACCUAUUGAGAGCACAAAAUGACCGUGAAGCUCAGAGCAUAGACAGCAUUUUUACAGAAAGACAAGUCAAAGAAAAGUUAAUCCAGGCUGUGGAAGAUGACAUCCAGCAGGAAAAAGAGGCAGCAGAAGACAUCAUCAAAAAUAUGGCUGACGAGGAUCAAGUUAAAUACAUGGAGAUGAAAGUGGCCAAUGAAAAAUUCUUGCAGGAAUUAUAUGCUUUACAGCAAGAGUUGGAUGCAGUGGAUAUAAAAGAACAAGCCCUGGAAGCUGAAAUAGCACACUCCCAGGUUAAGCAGGAGGCACUGCAGCUAUAUGAAAAGCUUCAUCGUCUUGAAGAACAUCGGGAUCAAAUGAUUGCUGAGGACCAAAGUAUGGGAUCCCCCCAGGAGGAGAGAGAGAGAUUACUCAAACAGGUUAAAGAAGACAAUCAAGAAAUAGCAAGCAUGGAGAGACAGCUAACAGAUAUCAAAGAAAAGAUCAACCAUCUUAAUGAAGGAAUACGGCAGCUUGACAUGGAUCUAGAGGAGCAUCAAGGUAAAUUAAACAUAGGAUUUUCAGAACUUCAGCAUGGGAUGGAACUAUCUGGUUUAGAAAUGGGUUACUGCUUUCUCCAUCAGGAUCAUUCAGGACAUAUACAGAAGUGUAUAUGGCUGCACAGAUGUGGGCGCACAAAAAUAAACUGCUGGCUAACAGAUAUCAAAGAAAAGAUCAACCAUCUUAAUGAAGGAAUACGGCAGCUUGACAUGGAUCUAGAGGAGCAUCAAGUGUGUGAGCUAACAGUAAAUGAAGAUAAGUUAUGGGGUUUCAUGCUAGACACGACAGAGGAUG